AAGUUAAUUUUUGUUUACAUAGUGAACUCUCCUUGUACCUUGUGCGCGACCAUAGCAACUAAUCACCGGCGUCUGGUCAACGAUGACAUCAUCAAGUCAAAACUUCAAUUUCCUCACAUUCUCCAUCAUUACCUUACAUUUCAUACCCACCUUCUCAUUUUCGGCGGUGACCCAUUUGUCGCCGGAAACAGUUGGCCGGCAGCUUUUGGAGUAUGCAAAGUCACCGGAAUUUUAUGAGUGGAUGAUAGAUAUACGCCGGAGAAUACAUGAGUAUCCGGAAUUGGGGUUUGAAGAAUAUAAAACUAGUGAACUGAUAAGAGGUGAGCUUGAUAAGCUUGGUGUCGAGUACACGUGGCCGGUGGCGGAAACCGGUGUGGUGGCCACCAUUGGUUCCGGUGAACAACCCUUCUUUGCUCUCCGUGCUGACAUGGAUGCUCUUCCACUGCAGGAACAAGUCGAUUGGGAUCACCGGAGUAAGAUUGACGGAAAGAUGCAUGCUUGUGGGCACGAUGCUCAUGUAACAAUGCUUCUGGGAGCCGCUAAGUUACUGCAAGCCAAGAGACAAGAACUCAAGGGGACUGUAAAGCUGGUAUUCCAGCCUGGUGAAGAGGGGUUUGCAGGAGCUUACCAUAUGCUUAAACAUAGUGCACUUGAAAACAUCAAAGCCGCUUUUGCACUCCAUGUCAUGCCCCAAUAUCCAGUGGGUGUCGUAGCUUCACGGGCAGGUCCGGUGCUAGCUGGUUCUGGUAGGUUUACUGCCACCAUUAAAGGUAUUGGUGGACAUGCUGCAACCCCACAUUUUUCAAAAGAUCCGAUUCUUGCAGCAUCAAUGGUGGUUGUUGCACUCCAACAUAUCGUAUCUCGUGAAACGGAUCCACUAGAGUCCAGAGUUGUGACUAUAGGACAAAUUAGUGGCGGGCAUGCUGAUAAUGUGAUUCCACAGAUUGUUAAGAUUGGGGGAACUUAUCGGAGCUUGUCUUCUAAAGGUCUAAUAGACACCAAAGCAAGAAUUAAACAGGUGGUUGAGACACAGGCUGAAGUGCACCAAUGCACAGCCGAAUUAGAUUUCAAGGAGGAAACUCCGCUGCCAUACCCCGUGACAGAAAAUGAUGAAGGGAUGUACCAACAUACAAAGGAGGUAGCAGAAAUCCUAUUAGGAAAACCCAAUGUGCAGUUGCUUCCGGUAACAAUGGGAGGUGAAGAUUUCAGUUUUUUUACACAGAAGAUGCCGGCAAUCAUGUUUGGGAUUGGAACGAGUAACAAAACUCAUGUACCGGAGAAUUUACACUCGCCUUAUUUUGUUCUUGAUGAAGAGGCUCUUCCAAUAGGAGCUGCAUUUCAUGCUGCUGUCGCAAUUUCUUAUUUGGACAGCCAUGGUGAUGUUGUCAAUGCUCGUGAUGAGUUGUAAGCGUUUUGGUCAGGUAUUCAUUUGCAAAAAUGAUGAAUAAUCAUUAUACAGAUUUGAGAAACACUCUGUAUAAUGCCGGUUUAAGUAGCAGUUUUGAAUGUAUUGUUCAUAGUUUCUUAUUUUCUUGGCAUGAAACUUUGCAAAUAGAGUUUUAAUGAAUUCAAAUGGUUAGAUAAUCA